AUGCGUUCACAGAGGCGAAUUUUGAACGCGUUACCACACUUAGACAAUAACGCAACCAGGAAAAAAUAUAAAGCUCGGAUGAACGCGAAAAAAGAAUUGGACAGUGUUCAGGUGCCCAUACCGUACGCCCCAGAAGAAAGGGAACGGAUUUCGGCAGAGCUGGACAAACAACUAGGGCCAGAGUACGUGGCUACGAGGCCAGGACAAGGUGGAGCCAAAGUUUCAUACAUAGAAGGCUGGAAAGCCAUCAACCUGGCAAAUAGGGUAUUUGGAUUUGACAACUGGAACUCUGAGGUCAGACAGACAACCGUGGAUUACGUUGAAGAGACGGGUGGGAGAUUCUCUGUGGGACUAUCGACUGUGGUUAGAGUGACUUUGAAGAAUGGCUCUUUCCACGAGGACAUAGGUUAUGGUCAUAUAGAAAAUGCAAGAACCAGAGCAAUGGCCUUUGAGAAGUGCAAAAAAGAGGCCAUGACGGAUGGCUUGAAACGGGCGUUGAGAUGUUUCGGUAAUGCCAUGGGCAAUUGUUUGUACGAUAAGGCGUAUCUAGCCCGGAUCUCCAAGGUGAAGACCAAUCCUCAGAUUUUUGAUGAGAACAACUUGGUGAGGCCCGCUGGGCGUCCAGACGGUCGUCUAGAUGGUCGUCCAAUGGUGAAGCCGCAAAAUAUAGCUCCAGCUCCGCAUGCAAUAUCUGCUCCUGCUGUUGCCAGAAUUCAGGCGUUGGCUCCAGCAAAUGUCAAUGACAACAAUGUUGCUAUAAACAGUUCCAAGCGUGAGACUGAGUCCAAAACUGCACUAGAAGCUGUCAUCACGGAGGAGGAUUUCGACGAUUCGUUUGGCGAAAUCCCUGAGUCGGAGGACUUCAUGAAUGGUAUCGACGAUUACGAGAUGACAUUGUUGCUGAACAAGGCUGCGGAUGACAAAAAGAACAUAGAGGUGAAAACAGAGCCUCAGCCCAAAGUAAGUGAUACCUCGGCUAGAGUCAACAGUCCUACACCAAAUGAAAUAUCCCAAAGACAAAUGGAAACGCCCACGUCCAAGGGAAUACCAGCUACUGUGGGUUUUUUCUCAGCGAGGGCCGCGGAAGAGGUACAGAAUAACGUGGUAUUGGGUGAUGACAAACGUUUUAACCCAAGUUUCAUUUCGCCCUCCAUAAGAAGAACCGUCGAUCCCACCAAGUCCAUGCCUGUCAAACGGUCGGUUCUGCAGCCUUCGGAACCAAACACGUCGCACAGCAGUCCUAGUUCUUCGUUGAAAAGAACGGUAGGUAUGCCACCUGCCUCCUUGAGCAAGAGAGUUCACAAAGACUGA